AAGAGUGAUGAAAGCAACGAUGAAGAGACGGAUGACGAAGGGUCGGUCGAUCAAGGGGAAACGGAUGACGAAGAGGAAGAGGAAGCGAAUGACACCGAAACGGAUGCCAUCCAACUCAUCAAACAAUCUCAAACUGCCAAACCGCUUACACUCGAUUCUCUCAAAAAGUUUCAGGACAAAAUCAAUCGUACUGGUGUAGUCUAUCUUUCUCGUAUUCCUCCAUUUAUGAAGGCUACCAAGAUGCGCUCUCUCCUUGCCCGAUAUGGACAAAUUGGUCGUAUCUUUCUCAAUCCAGAAGAUGCAAAAGUAGCAGCAAGACGUCGUAAAUACAAACACAACAAGCGACAAAACUUUAAAGAAGGAUGGAUUGAAUUUCUAGAUAAAGAUCAGGCAAAACGUACUGCUGCAACAUUGAAUAAUACCAUCAUAGGCGGCAAAAAACGAAGUCGGUUCUAUGAUGAUAUCUGGAAUAUCAAAUACUUGCCAAGAUUCAAGUGGAAUCAUUUGACAGAGCAACUGGCAUACGAACUCAAGGUUAAAGAGCAACGGGUCCAGACGGAAAUGGCACAGGCCAAACGAGAGAAUAAAGUUUAUCUCAAAAACGUAAGCAAGGCAAAGAUGAUUCAAGCAAUGGAAGCCAAAAAGAGU